GCCAAGCAGGAAACUCCUAUUUGGUUCGAAGAAAUGGUCAGGUCAGCGCGUCGCAUGGGCGGCAAAGGCGCUGCUAGGCGAGAUCGCUUUGGAGGCACAGCAUGAUUUGGCUUUAAACAAGUGCCCCAAUAUGCUGGCAUGUCCUUGGCAUGAGUACCCUGCUCCCAAAGCCCUAACGAGUCCUGGAGGCUCCGACAUUAGAUCAACAGAAGAGACCGGGAAGAAAGAAGGACGGACUUGA